GCAUAGCUGUCAAAGCAAACUUGGCAACCGCGCGUGAUGUGUAUUGGUUGAAUCGAGUACACGUCGUAUUGGCAUUGUCUGAACUAUAAAACUAGUGUGCAGGCUGUAUACUUUCAAUUAAUUAUCCGAGGAGAGGGGACUUCUCUUGAUUCUUACUCUCACUUCCAUAUCCUACCUCUUCUUGUUUCGUGAUGUGGGCUUCUGCUACAUAAUACUAAGCUGAGCUGGGCACGGACAAUUAAUUUAGUUGGUGAAUUAGUACGUGGGUGCAUAAUUGAAUUUAAUACUGGACAGCCAGAGUUUUUGCCUGAGUAAAGAAUGGCGGUUUUUGCUGCUUCUACUACAGUAAUGAGAGGUUUUGGAAAACUGCUCAGUGAAUCACUGCAUCCCAAGUUUGUGAAACGAUUUGCAACAGAGAUUCCAGUUUCACAAGAUGUGGAGCCUGCACAUCUACCCCACCUGACUGACACAUUCGGCAGACAACAUACGUAUCUUCGCAUAUCUCUCACUGAGCGCUGCAACUUAAGAUGCAAGUAUUGUAUGCCAGCAGAUGGCGUUCAGCUGACUCCAAAAAAUAAUUUGUUAACAACCAAAGAAAUACUGCAGUUAGCUGAACUCUUUGUGCGUCAGGGUGUUAACAAAGUGCGGCUGACUGGAGGAGAGCCCACUGUUCACAGGGAUAUAGUUCACAUUGUUGAAAGUUUACACAAGCUCAAAAAACUGGAUACUAUAGCAAUAACAACUAAUGGACUGAUGCUGACUCGCCAGUUGGUAGAGUUACAGAAAGCUGGUGUAAAUUUGUUAAAUAUCAGCUUAGAUACAUUGAAACCAGAGAGAUUUGAACAAAUAACUAGAAGAAAAGGCUGGCAAAGAGUGAUUGCAGGAAUCGAUCUUGCUGUACAGCUUGGAUAUACACCUAAAGUAAAUGUUGUUGUGAUGAGAGGAUUAAAUGAUGAUGAAAUCCUUGACUUUGUCCAAUUUACAGCCGAUAGACCAAUCGAUGUGCGUUUCAUAGAGUACAUGCCAUUUACUGGUAAUAAGUGGGAUGGUAACAAGAUGGUACCUUUUAGAGAAAUGCUUGAGAGAAUACAGACUGUAUACCCUGGCUUCCAUGCUUUAGCUAACAAGCCGAAUGAUACAUCAAAAGCUUACAAAGUCCCUGGCCAUAAAGGACAGAUAGGCUUCAUUACAUCCAUGAGUAACCACUUCUGUGGAACUUGCAACCGUAUCAGACUCAUGGCCGAUGGAAGUCUCAAAGUUUGUCUGUUUGGGAAUACAGAGAUUUCUUUGAGGGAUGCUCUUCGUAAUAACUGUAGUGAAGAUGAUUUACUGAAUAUGAUUGGUGCAGCUGUCAGGCGAAAAAAAAGGCAACAUGCAGGUAGAUACUUCACCGAUGAAACGUCAACAUUAAUACUGUCUGGCCAAGAAAAUUCAGUCAACUUGUACAAUAAAGCUUAUGUUCAAAAUCUACAUCCCUACACUCUUUAUGGUGGAUUUUUAUUGAACAAAACUCUGGAAAAUAAAAAAUUAAUCAGGCAGAUGUCGACUGGCCUAACUCAUGUAGACAAUGAAGGAAAAGCAUCUAUGGUGAAUGUGGGAAAAAAGGCAAUAAGUGAGCGUACAGCAGAGGCGACAGCUACAAUACAAGUUGGCAAGGAAGUGGCAAAGCUGAUUGCUGACAACAACAUCAAGAAAGGAGAUGUAUUAACAGUGGCCCAGCUGGCAGGAGUACUGGCUGCUAAACGGACGUGGGAGUUGGUACCACUGUGUCACAAUAUCACGCUAGCACAUGUCGAUGUGCGUGCACGUCUGGACCAGUCUGCUUCUGCAGUGGUGCUCACCAGCAGCGUGACUUGUGUAAACCAGACAGGAGUGGAGAUAGAGGCCCUCACCGCUGUCACUGUUGCUGCCCUCACUGUGUACGACAUGUGCAAGGCUGUCUCCAGAGACAUGGUCAUCUCCGACAUCAGACUUCUUUCCAAGACAGGUGGCACCCGUGGUGAUUACUAUUCAAAGCUUGUUCAAAAUCCAAAUUCCUGAAUUGUCUAGAAAACUAGUCAAUAAGAAGUUUUAAUUAAGUUUUUUAGUUGAAUAUAGAAAAUCAAAUGCUUGAAAUAUAUAUAUAGGGUUCAUAGUAUGUAAUAUUUAGCGAGCUGACACAACAACAAACAACGCUGUGUUCUAUCUUGUUUUGUUAGUUUGCUUCUGUGUGUUAUUUGUUUAACUUUUAAACAUUUGUAACCCUGAAAUUGUUCACAUUUUAGUGUUUUCAUUGGGUAUGAAUGUUUAUCAUAUUACAACCACUGUUAAAUAUAAAAUAUAUUUUAACUAGUAUAAAAAUUACAAAUGUUUUAAAAUGUUCAUGCCAAAAUUCACAAAAACAAAUGUAAUAAAAAAAAUUAUCAGGGGAUAUAAAGGUUUGCACUCGUAAAAGAACAGCAUGUUUAGUAAUGAUUAAAAAGAAACUUCAAAAAAGUCAUAAUCAAACACAUUAUCCAAACGUAUGUUUCUCUGCCUCUUUUCUCUUCAAUUUCUUGCUCUACUUACAAACCAUACAUUUAUAUAUAAUUAAAAGAAUAUCCUGAUUUUGUAUGGCAAUUUUAGAUAUCUAAAACUAUUAAUCUAAAUUUUGUAUCAAUCGAGAGCUCUCACAUUGUAAAUGUGCUUUUUAGUGGAUUAGAUAUACAUUGGACUGUAGUGACUAUUGGACUAUAGAGCUGUGCCCCACAGGUCUAAAGUUCCAAUGUUUAUUUUAUAGGAAUGUUUAUUUUAGUUCAAAACCAGACUAACAAAUCACAUGUAUGUUUUUAAACAAAAAUAUUUUACUCGGCUUUUAAUUAAAGAAGCUCUGAAGUGAACAAAACAUAUGACCAACUCCCAUUUACAAACAAAACUGAUGUAAAUAUCUGAGCACAUUCCACCAAAUUUUUAUUGUACUACUGUGAAAACGCCAAACCUAGCUGAGAGCAUAAUUCCAAGAAAUUCUAUGGUUAUUGUUAAAUGCAGAACAGAGGACACAAGAGUGUAUUCCUUUCGGCCUCCAGUCCACUGAGUGGUAAGAUACAUACUCUAUGUUUUUCACUUGUUAUGAGUUAAAAAAAUGUACAGUGCAUAUAAAUGCACACAUCUAUAUAACACAAUGGGCAUUGACAAGCAUUUCUGUAGGUCUAACUGUACAUCUUGUACUGGUUUCCUAUGUGAAAUAUUUAGGAUAACUUUAAAAGGAGUGUAGUUAAUUAGAUAAAUGUUGGGAGACUUCCAUAGAAAUAUACAAAGACUGUGCAAAGGCUGUGAAGAAUUCCCUAGAAAUGGCAUAUUAAUAUUGGAUUCAAUUUAGAAUAUACCAUGAUAAGUGAAUGGCCUUGUUAAGCUUUAUUAUUGUCAUAACACACUUCUUUUGAUAAUUACUGUGUCUUAAAUUAUUUUUUGUAAUGUAUUAACUUUGAACUGACACCGUUAGCUCAAAUAAUAAAGGGCACGCAAUGUUAAGCCAUUUUAAACCCUUAUAAAAAUGUUUCAUACUACUGAAAAUGUAACUAAUAUAUUAAUUUCAACUUAGUUCAUUGUUUUCUAAUGAUAUGAAAUAUGCAUAAAUAACCAAAAUAUAAAAUAAUCUGAAUUUAAUUACUGACAAAUAAUAUGUUUAGUUUCAAUACAGUAUCAUAGAUAAUUUAUUUUACAAUCUUAGUCUUUUUUGAAAAAUGUACAAGCUUAUUAUUUUUAGUGACUAUUUUAGUGUCAUGCCACUGGAAGUUGAACUGAUGUACUACAAGUUAUUAAAUAUAAUUAUUUUACAUCACUUUCAAGGAACAAGGAGUACGCCACACAGUAUAUGCAUAACAGACUUCCCUGAGGUUGCUUGUACAAUUUCAAACUUUUAGCUCACUUAAUUCUUGAAAUAUCCUUCAGAUAGAUAGAUACAAAAACAAUCAAACAGAAAAGAAAAUUUUACAUUCCCUCAACAGGCAAAAGAAAAAUUAUGGCUUCAAUGUUGCUGUCAAAUUCCAUGGUUGAACAUCCAUCAUUAUAGAACUCAUUCUUGUUCAUGUAGAAAUGAAGUUCCAUGGGAAAUUUAAAGUCUAUAGAUUCUCUCUUGCCCAUGGCACAUUCACAUUUUUCUUAUUAAAGUAGGUUUUUUAUAAUUGUUUAAAUAAUAAAAGUUCCAGUGAGGUACGCUCCGGAGUGUACUGCAACACAAGAGUGUGCUGAAUCAAAUCUUGUUACCAACUUUUACACUGACUUUACACUCUAUUAUAUUUUCUUUUUAAUUUUACUGCAUGAAUAAAAAUCACAUGUUGAAAUUUCAUAUGAUUUGAAUCAGUUUUACAAAUUUAUUUAUUCUGCUAUUUUCUCAUUGUCAUCAUGGAUACCUAUAAAAC